AUCACAUUAACAUUAUCAAUAAGAAGUUGGCCGACUGGCUGCGCUAUGCCAGCAUACAUCAGGGUGUGUCACCAGCAACAGGCGGCUUUUUUUCCAGCACACGCGCCAAGCAGCCCGGACCCAUUACUGAAGUAGAUGGAGCUGUAGCAACUGACUUCUUCACUGUACUGAGCUUCUCUCAACAUUAUACAGAGGACCAGUGGUUGAAUGUGCAGGCGUUCUCCAUGCUCCGCAGAUGGCUACUACAGUAUGGCUCUGCAGGGACCAGUGCCACUGGCUCAGAUGACAAGUCUGAAGCUGAAGGCUCAGUGAUCUCUAUGGUAUCGGCCUCGUCUACCUCCAGCCGUAUAUUACCACCACGGGAGCGUCUCCGGGAGAAGGCGUUUGAGUACUGUCUGCGGGUAGUGGAACAAAGCAACCGGAAACCUGUGAAAAAGAUGGACUUCUGUCUUCAGAAAGCUUGUCUAGUUGAAGCUGUUACUCUGAUGGAUAUUGUGUGCAAACAGGAUGUGUCCUAUCUGUACCGCACUCUUCCUCUGCUGAAGAUACUGAAUGGAAGACUCUGCACAAACCCCUCGCUGGCUCCUGUCUUGUUGCCUAUUGCUCAGUUUUUCCUAAACCACAGUGAAGCGGCUGCUGUAGACUCAGAAGCGGUUUACAGACAUUUAUUCACUAAAGUCCCCACAGAGCUCUUCCAUCUGCCGCUUCUCACGUUCCAGUUUGUGAGAUUUUGCCAGGACAAUAGCAGCUUCCUAGUGGAGAACGUUGAGAUCUUCAGACAAAGCUUCCCCAGUCUGCUGAAGCUUCUGGCCUGGAACACCCCAGCAUUGGUGGCCCAGUUUGUCAACUUGCUUCCGGCUCUCAUCAGCUCAGAUUCAGCCAUAGAGAUGCUACAUUCUCUACUAGACCUGCCUUGUCUGACAGCAGCUCUGGAGAUCCAACAAUCCUUUGUUGCUACAGUGGAUAAACCUGCUACAGAUACAUCUGGACUCCCAGCAUCCUCGGCAGCUUUUCGACACUCUACAUAUAGCAGUAUGUUUCAGUAUCUCCUGAGGAACGUGACCUGCCCUACACCCCCUACAGAAUGCUUCUCGUUGAUGCACAGUGUUUUGGCAGAUAGGAGCUGCUCUCCUCGUGUGGCGCAGUGCAUGAAGAUUGUGCCAUGCCUGUUACAGCUGUACUUCGGUGUCACCACAAAGUUUGCAGAUGGGCCUCUGUUGAGUAAGCUGGUUGUAACAUUGCUGGAGCGGAGCGGACUCCUGUAUGAAUCGCGGCUAUUCCAGGCAGAGAUUCAUAGAGUUCUGAGUGCUCAGCUCCCACUGAUUUGCCGUCUGCAUCCCGCUUUGGUUCUGGAGCUUUCCAGGGAGUUGCUGGAUUUCGUAGGAGCGGUCAACAAUAUCCAGGACAGAGAGGCAUUUUUUACCUAUGUGGUUUGGGCCAUGGGUGAGUAUUUGUCAGUGUCCUAUGACAAGAGAUGCACCGUGGAACAAAUCAACAAGUUUUUUGAGGUUCUUGAAGCUUUGCUUUUUGAGAUAACUCAGUUCCGCUGUACAGCUGGCGCAAGCAAGCCUUCACCUCGAAUAAUCACUACACUCAUGACGACACUCGCCAAACUGGCUUCACGCAGCCAGGACUUGAUUCCUAGAGUGUGCCUGUACCUGUCUAAAAUGAGGUCGUGCGUGCAGAGCUCGGCUAUGGUCGCUGUGUAUGGAGAGGACGACACUGCGCAGAUACUGAUGAGAGCCACAGAGCUCAUGAACCUCCUGAAACUGCCGAGUGUGGCACAGUUUGCACUCACUCCGUCCCCUGAGGUCAGAAACCCAGCAUAUCACCAGGAUGUGGGCACCUCUCUGCCACUAGCCAUUCGGGCUUCCAGUCGCUUAUUACAGAAGGACCAGGCUACAAGCUCUGGAGAUCUGGCUCAGCAGACACCGUCUCUUUCUGUGUGACCCUAGGACCAGUGCCCACACUACGCAGAAAAACGUCACUUCUUUGUAAAACUGAACAUAUCACUUUAUUAACAGCAAGACGUUGUGUAUAUUCAGAACACUGUGUUGGUCAGAAAUAGAUUUUGUCCACAUAAGGUUUAUGGUGCCGAUAUUACCACAAAAAUAUAUAAAAACAGAAUUCUGUUAAUUACAGAUAUUAGCAAAUACAAAAAUAAACACAGUUUUAUAUUAAAUGCAUUUACACAGAGGCACAAAGUGUGAGCUGAAAAGGACGGUCACGUGCUGUACUGGGCUCCCCCAGGAGAUGGCGCCACUGACCUGUCACUGCAUCACCCAUAUACAUUCAUAGAACUACAGAAACCGAGACAAUGUUACAUAACUGUAAAAUAAUAGCUCUGCUGUAUAGAUAAAUACUUUAUAUUUGUAAUAAAUUAUUCCCUUACUGAC